GAGCCUUGUUGCCUAGCAACAAGUAUCAACACUCCGGCGUCAACUGUUGCUGAUACAAAACAAACGUUUUGCGAAGCUGUUUGAGGCAACAACAAAAAACAUUAGCUAAAGACCUGUGUUUGACCAAGGACGAUGUCUGUGCCUUUUUCAAACACUCACCUUCGGGUUCCACGUGGGUUUGGCAAUAUCUUGGAGGGGUUGGCUCGAGAGGUCCUGCGAGACCAGCCCAAGGACAUCCCCACCUUCGCUGCCCUUUACUUCACUGCUCUUCUCAAAGAGAGAGAAGACAGUGGCUUGGACCCCGCAGAGUGGUGUGCCAGGCUUGAGGACAGAUUCUACAACAAUCAUGCAUUCAAGAACUCACCGAAUCAAGUCAACACCAGUCCAGCUGAUKCAACUCUGAAGAUUUCGAAGAAAAAGGAUGAGCUGACUGAAUCUCAAACAGAAGAGGAAACUGGUAAUAUUGAGCCAGUUGGGAUUCCAUCUCCCACAAACUCAAACCUCGAUGUCUGUGAAGAACUGAAAGGAACUGAAAGUCAAGGAAAAGAUGAAAUGGUCAAUAUCACAGAUAAAGAUGUGAUUUCAAUGCAAAUAUAUCCCUCAGAGGUAUCAGACAAUAGACUCACAGAUAUGGAUGUCAACAUGACAGGCAAAGAGAUGAACGAAAGAGCUGACAAAGUGGUAUGCCUCUCUGAAUUUGAGCCCAGUGAGGACAUCUCACUCAGUGGGCUUUCAAAUGUGGAUGUAUGUGCUGAAGAACUGAGGAAGACUGAAGAGGGAGAAGAACACACUUCUCAGGAAAUCAGCACUGGUGAUGAUGCCAUUCUCGGAAGCUCAAACGAAAUGAACCGCAGUAGUGAAUUUGAACUUACUCAGGAAGUCUCAUUCACUGGCCUUUUCAAUAUAGAUGUAUGUGCUGAAGAACUAAGAGGGACAAAAGAGAGAGAGGAACAAGGCACUGCAGAUGAUGGCCUCAGUGAAGGCUUCAAAGAUCAAGAUCUUGCUGAUGCUCAGGAGAAAACAAUAUCGCUCAUGGUUGAAAUCAGUGGACGAUUAUCACCACCCCAAACUGAAUCCCCUGAACCUAUUCUACAGGAAACAACUGACAAUUCAGGGGGUGUUCCAGAAGAGGAAGGAAUAGAAAAUCUAAUUGUUUCCACAACAUAUACUGGGCAAACGCAUGAAGUUGCAUCCUCCAUUGAUGAUGCCUCCAGAAUCUUGUUAGAUAAUGAAAGUGUUUUAGGUGAUGAUGAAGAACAAAAGGAGGAAAGUCUUGUUCAGAUUAGCACUGAGGAGGUACCUAAAACCCUUAAGGUCAAAAUGUAUGAACAGCAGCCAGAGGAGGAAGGUUCGGUCGAGGCUUCACAAACUGAGGCAGAACGACCAGAUGUUGUGUCGGAGGAUGCUGAGGAAGAAACGGGCCUUGUUGGACAUUAUACUCAAGACUCUGUUGAACCGAACACUAACAUCGAAGGGGAAGCGGAGGCAGUCACUGCUGAGGCUGAAGCUCAGAUAAUGGCAAUGGAGCAUGAGGCUUCUGAUAUAGAAGUGGAACAAGAUUACAAAUCUGAUUCCAGUGAUUCAAGUGACGAAGAUGGGGAGAAACUGAGUAAGGUGAACGUCCUCACUCCUAAUCAACAGGCCUCUCAAAUAGAGCAGAAACAAGAGGAUGAAACUGAUCAUGAGAACAAGGAUCUAAGUAAGAAGGAAAUGGGUGAAGACAUCUCUCCGGAGGAUUCUACUAAGAUGGAAAAUAAGCAAGAGAAUGAUAAUCCUUACAUCGAUGACGCGGAAAUGGGUGAAAAAUCCAUUUCACACGCAUAUCAACAAGGUCCUUCAAACGAGGUUAGAGCUGCAGAGCUGCAGCAAGAGGACGCUGAGAAAGAGACAGGGGACACAGUUGAGCAACAGGAGGAUAUAGACGUGGUGGAGUACAGGGAAACUGAACUAAAAGGACUUGGAAAAGAGGACACAAUGACCCCGUCUCAGGACACAGACCAAACUGAUGACAACCCAGUGCACAUGCCAGAGGGAGAAAUAAAGGACAGCGUGGACAAGACUUAUGACAAGGAAGAAUGCAGCCAACCCCAGGAGGAGGAGGACAUCAUGGACAUACCUCUGGACGACCCCGAGGCCAACAAGGCAGCUGCCAAGAUCCAGGCUGGCUUCCGUGGUCACAUGACCAGGAAGAAGAUUAAGCCUGCUGACAAGCCUGAGGGGGAGGAGGAGGAGGAGGAGGUGAGCAGCAGUGGUGAGGCCCUCAACGGCAACCAGGGGGGGACAGAGUCAGGAGGCUCAGACGGAGUAGAGAGAGAUGACACAUCUGUGCCGGAACAGUGAAGCCUCUGACCUCGAUGAAGAGAAGAAGAAGAAGAAGAAGAAGAAGAAGAAGAAGAAGAAGAAGCAUGGCUGUGGCUGUACCUUUUUUCUCCUGGAGGAGCAACUUUCUAUGUAACACAAAAUAGCAGUGUAUAAUCCAGAUUUUUGGGAAGCAUCGUUUAAUUUGUGAACUCUUUAGCACUUUCCUGCUUCCAGCCCCAAUUUGUGUGGGUGGUCUUUGACCCAAAUUUGCAUCUCUCACUGCAUGUACUUGUGAAACUUCUGGUAGUAUGCUAGUCUAGAAGAAGCUGAUAAUAUGUGUUUUCCCCAUGCUAAACAGGGCUAAUUUGAGUUGAAUAUAAAGGUUGUGUACAAGUAUGCGUUAUGAAUACACUUAGACCGCUGGAAUGCUUGUUUCUGCGUUGUUUCAAGUGCUUGUAUAAUUACUAUUUCAUUAUUUUUGGCGUACACAACCUUAAAAGGGAGGAAGAGACCCUUCUUGGUUAUUGUAAUGCAUAUUAUUUAAGUUAAUGAUUAAUUUAUUGUUAUCUAGAUUUGCAGUCUUUAAGUGUCGUGCACCAUAAUAAAUCAUUUAAUCACUUUCACGUA